AAAUGCCGAGAGUUUCUCACUGCUGCCUUGGUGGGCGGGUCGCUCUCUACAUAAAGUAGGUCCCUGGCGGCCGUAGACGAACACUUGUUGCCGAGUUUCGGCCACAUCGAGGAAUCCCGCCACACACACACAAAACCACCAAGGAGCGAUGCCCACCAGCGUUUGGCUACUUGUGCUGCCGUGCCUGCUCGCCCCGGGACUGGAGGCGGCCGGUCGCCGCAGCCGCCGGGAGUUGAGUCCGGGACUGCACCGGGCCGGGCUCCGGGACCCCGGCGGCUCUUACUGCCGGCGCCUGGGCUCCUGCUGCCCCGGGCGGGACGACGCCUGCACCGUACCUUACAUCGACACCAUCUGUUACUGCGACCUCUUCUGUAACCGCACCGUGUCCGACUGUUGUCCCGACUUCUGGCCCUUCUGCCUGGGCACCCGGCCCCCCUUCCACGCCGGACACGAGUGCACAAGGAACGGACUGCAAUAUCCCAUCGGGGCCACCUACAAAGACAACUGCAAUCUGUGCACCUGCAGCAGCGGCCGGUGGGCGUGUGAGCAGCAUGCGUGUCUCGUCAACGACGAAAUGAUCAGUGGCGUCAACCAAGGCAACUAUGGAUGGAAAGCUUCAAACUACAGCCAGUUCUGGGGUCUGACUCUGGACGAAGGGAUCCAGUAUCGACUGGGCACCCUGCGGCCCUCCAGCGCCGUGCUGAACACCAACCAGCUGAAUGUGAACAUGGACAGCAAUGAUGUCCCACCCAAGUAUUUCAACGCAGCAGAUAAAUGGCCGGGGAUGGUCCACGAACCCAUGGACCAAGGCAACUGUGCAGCAUCCUGGGCCUUCUCCACAGCAGCUGUGGCCUCGGACAGAAUCACCAUCCAGUCCAUGGGUCACGUGAAGGCGGCCCUGUCACCACAGAACCUCAUCUCCUGCAAUAGGCGGAGGCAGCACGGUUGCCAUGGCGGCCGCAUCGACGGGGCCUGGUGGUACCUCCGACGUCGGGGGGUGGUGUCGGACAGCUGCUACCCCUUCUCCAGCCCAGGCAGCCAUCAAAGCGAGAGCCACUGUAUGAUGUCCACCCGAUCGGCCGGCCGUGGCAAGCGGCAGGCGACCAUGCCCUGCCCCAACCCCUACAGCCACACCAACCACAUCUACCAGACCACUCCGCCCUACCGCCUCUCCAAUGACGCGAAGGAGGUCAUGAAGGAGCUCAUGGAGAAUGGGCCUGUCCAAGCCCUGAUGGAGGUACAUGAAGAUUUCUUUGUGUACAGAAGCGGAGUGUACAGGCACACACCCGUGAUGGGUGACAGACCAGAGAAUUUCCGUCGACACGGGACGCACUCCGUGAAGAUUACAGGGUGGGGUGAGGAGCAAGGAUACAACGGAGAGAUUCGUCAAUACUGGAUUGCAGCCAACUCGUGGGGAAGGAACUGGGGGGAGAAUGGAUACUUCAAGAUAGCUCGGGGCGAGAAUGAGUGCGACAUUGAGACCUUCAUCCUGGGAAGUUGGGGUCGGGUGACCAUGGAGGACAUGCAUCGGAAGUGAGGUGCCCCACAUCGCUGGCCGUGGCCCAAACAUCUCCAAUCUGGAAAAGACUCCUCCGUCGUUAACCCCCUUUCUCACCCCCCCCCCCCCCAUCAAUCUGCAAAGCUCUCACUAUCCAACAAUAUUAAACAGUGUUAUGUGGCUCAUCAUGAGCAAGUUCUGUCAGACAGUUUGUGACAGAACAACCAAGAAAACAUCACUCCUUACAUGACACACGGUGCUCCAGAAAACCCACAGAGCAAUAACGAGCAACAAACCAUGAACCUCUGGGUGCGGCUCUGACCUGGUGCAACAUUACUAUGGAAAAGGUCACUGGUGCACUGUGGAAGGAGAUCCGGUGCUCCAGCAUCCACGGGAACGUGUCAACACCCUCUUGCCUCCUAGUGUGCUUUGGUUGAGGCUGUGAACAGUGUGCGAAUUGACCCAGAUGGUCUGGUUUGGGAAUGUGACAUUACACUGGGCAAGUUGUGACAGAAAGCACAGAGGGGGGGGGGGGGGGGGGGGGGGGGGGAGAGGAGGUGUGUCUGAGUGACUGCACCUGCCCACAUGGGCCUCGCCUCUGCUGCUGGGGUUUCUGAUGCCAUUCCACAGUUUGCCCUGAUUUUCACACGCGAAUAAGUAUCGUGCUGCCAUUUUUAUAAACUUUAUGAAACCUAAAAUCAACCGCAUCUUAAACGUUAGCAUGCGUGAUGAAUUAAUUUUAUUUUUAAACUCUGGAAAAGCUGUGAUUUAUAAGUGGGUAGGGGGGAAAUUGCCAGGAAGAUGGGAUAUCGAGGAGCACAGAUUUGAGGUGCCGAUCAGGAGCGAUCAAGUUGCAGGCAAAGUGAGCUGAAGGAUGCAAUGAGCAGUUCCUGCUCCUGAGUGGCAAAGUGGCACAACUGGUCGAGCCACUGCCUCACCGCGCCACAGACCUGGGUUCAAUCCUCACCUCGGGUGCUGUCUGUGUGGAGUUUGCACGUUCUUCCUGUGACCAGGUGGAUGGGUUUCCUCCAGGUGCUCUGGUUUCCCUCGACAGCCCCCAAAAACCGUGCGCUGUUUGUAGGUUAAUUGGCGUCUGUAAAUUGCCCCUAGUGUGUAGGGAGUGGAUGAGAAGAACGUUGGAUAACAUAGAACUAGUGUGAAUGGAUGAUCGGUGGUCAACGUGGGUUGAUGGGCAUGUUUCCCUGCUGUAGCUUUCUGUUCAAUCCAUUCAGUUAAAACCGGCAGCAUCAGCUUCAGGCAACAGGACAUUUGCAAGAAAGUAGCCAAGGACUUGGAGAGACUGGGGUUAACUCAAGUCGUGGUUGCAGCAGAGGUGGGGAUGGGGAGGUGUUAGUGAAGGAUCUCAGAGUGAGUGGGGUCCUGGAUGCAAGAAAACAUCAGCCUGGAGAGAUGCCAGCAGCUUGCCUGGAGACGUGGUGGGACGAAAUUCAACAAAAGACAUUCAAAGGGAAAUUUGAUAAAUACUGACGGGGGGAACUUGGGGACUGUCAAAGGCACGGGGUUUCCCACUGCCCCUUCCUGUAGGACGCUACAACAAGCUGACAUGAUUUGGGACAGAACAUAAUUAAAAUUCUGUAUUACAGAGGGAGUCACAUUUGGUGCUAACCAUUCCCCCCAAACUAUGUCCAGAUGAUCUUGUUCACUGUUGCUUGUUUCUGGACGAUCAGAUUUAUGUCAUUUUGCCGCCUUCCAUAAACUUUUUGUUCUUGCUGAAAGCAAACAUCUAUUAUAAAUGCCAAAAUAAAUAAAAUGUAGUUAAAAUGGCA